AUGUCUCUGCAUUACAUUGCUUACAGCCUCGGCGCCCUGACAGCGGGCGGCGGCACCAUGGGAUAUGUCAAGACCGGCUCAGUCCCUUCAAUUGCAGCGGGCAUGACCGUCGGAAUCCUCUACGGCCUGGGCGGAUACCGCAUCCAGACGCGCCAGCCCUACGGUGUUGAGCUCGCCCUGCUCGCCUCCAUCAUCCUCGGCGGCUCCUCGAUUCCCCGAGCUCUGCGCCUCCGCAAGACCGUCCCGACUAUACUGAGUUUGGUGUCCCUCUUCGGUCUCUUGACUUUCGGCAGGGCUUGGAAUGCAUUAUAG